AGCUAGUCUACUUUUUUGCCUUCUCAUGACACCAAUUUUGGGUCUUUGCUCAGACGCUUAAAAAUGUGUUGCGCGUCUACAUAGCGUUGCGUGGUAGUGAUGGCCAUACAGCUUCAAAACCUUCUCAUGAGAACAGCAGGAGAGAACUGGAGAUCAGGGCAAAGCCAAUCAGAAAGAAUGUCGUUGUAAUUCCCUGUGGUGUCUACCAACCAACCUAUGAAAGUCAUGACACUUCUUUCGGGGAACAAAAACUGAAAGUAGGCUACUGCGCUGGAUCUACUAAGAUUGUGACAUCACUUUUGCCUAUUAUUUCCCACAAGGUAGGCCAAAAGAAAAGAGAUGUCCGAGAUGAGUUCUAUUCAGGAUAGUUUAAAAAUGAAACUGGAUCAGCUGGAGUGUCACUUCACUUGGGACCUUAAAAAAGAUGAUGUAGACUUGCCUAAUCUGCUCAGCAGACUAAAGGAACAAGAUGAGCUGGAUCCGGGGAGAGUGGAAGGGGCUGCACGAGCACAGUGCUCUUUGGGAUAUGUCAAAUUCCUCCUUGGCCAUGAAGAUGAAGCACUUAAACACUUACUAAGAUCUGAGGAACUCAUUAAAGAAAACCUCAGCGAGAAUUGUGACAAGGCUCUCAUUGUCACCUAUGGAAAUUUAGCCUGGAUAAAGUACCAUAUGAAGAACUACACAGACUGUGAAAGUUACCUGAUGAAGCUUAAGAAGAUAAAUAAAACAUAUUCAACUGAGUCUUCAUCUGUUCCAGAGGUGCUUGGGGAGAAGGGAUGGGCCUAUCUUAAAUUCUCUCGCAAAUAUUAUGACAAAGCCGCAGAAGUUUUCCAGAAGGCUGUGGAACUGGAUCUGGAAAAUAGCGAGUGGAACGCUGGUUAUGCCAUUGCUCUGUGUUGUACUGAAGCUGAUACAUCUUGCACUGUGGAUUCACCUGCAAUCAAGCAGCUUAGACAGGCAAUUGACAUGAAACCAGUGAAACCACAUGAUGAUGUUCUGAGAGUUCUUCUUGGGCUUAAACUAUUGUUAUGUUCCAAGAUGCUGAAGAAUGAGUCUGAGAAGUUGUUUGAGACUGCCUUGAAUGGGUCUCCAGAGCAUCCACAUGUCAUGAGAUAUGUUGGAAUAGCCAAUGAUGAGAAUGGUGAAUUACUUGGUAAUCUUGGUGAGCUUUUUUCUAAGUAAAUAAUAUACUUUCUAAGAGGAUACAUAGUGUUUUAAAAACAGUGGUCUUCAUUUGCAUAUUUUUGUGUGGGGGAAUACAGGUAUGUUAUGUAUGCACAUAAACAUUUAUGUUUAAGGAAACAUUUAUGUUAAAAGUUUAUGACUAUUCUAAAUGAGGGAGUGAGUUCCUUCAAAUGGUAAUUUGCCUAAACACCCCCAAGCUUUGUCCAUUUAUGGGAUUUCCUGUACAAAUUUACGUCUCCUGCCUUUUUUAAGUGUGCAGUGUGCACUGAUGAUUUGCAUAGAUUUAAAAUUGCGUGCUUAGUGAAGGAGACCCUAUGUGUAACAAAUGACAAUAGUUAUUGUUACCUCUUAAGUUUUACUUUAUAUAGCUUAUGGAGUUUUGAUGUAUUUAGCUGUUAAAAUGACAGAAUAUUGAGCAUCUAUGGGGAAAACUGUAGAUCAGCUCUCUUAAUAGAAUGUGAAGGCCUACUGAAAUCUUUCAAAAACAUCUGUGUUACCAUAUCUUUGUUCAAAACGGAGCAUCUCUUUCAUUGUUUAAUGAACUGAAGGUGGUCUGAAUUGAAUUUCCCAUAUUAUGUCUUUUGGACGUAUAUUUUACUUAUGCUAUGUUUUUCCUCUGUUGAAGUUGUAUUUGGGUGUUUUUCUAUUUACUUACCUUUCACAAAGUCACUUUAUACUAUACAAAUUUUAAAUGAUUAUUUUUUGUUUGUUUUUAUGUAGUCUGUUUUUUAAACCCUUUGAAACUAGAGAGAUUACUGUUUACUGCUAGUUACUAGUUAAGCUAAUAGUUUAGUAAUUUACUAUUACUUAAACUAUUACUAAAUACUUAGUUGUGAAUGUUGACAUCAAAUUCUAAGAUUAUUAAUCAGAUAUCAUGACUUUCAUUUGUAAGUGUACAGAGGAAAAUGCAGUGACUGCUUCCACAUUAUAACUAUGAAAUUUGAGAGAUGGAGAAAAUAUAUACAAAAAUCUUGACGUGUGUGUGUGUGUGUGUGUGUGUGUGUGUGUUUUUAUUUAAGUUUUCUAAUGUAGAUGAGGAUUUCUUUUGAACAGAAAGUCAAUAAAAGGCACAUAAGCAUUUUUAUUCACAAACA